CCGCCGGCCAGGCCGCCGAGGGCUGCGGACGCCCGGGGGCGGGAUCCCGGGGCUGGCGGGGAGGAGGCAGCCGCCCCCGAGGCGGGCUUGGAGGGCGCCGCUGCCUAGCAACCCCACUCCCUGCGACGUGGGGGCUUGUCCCCCGGGCCCGAGGGCGGGCUCCGCUGGCGGGCUCCGGGGCACCGCGGGGAUGCCCCCAGUCCAGCGAACUCGCAGAGAAAUCAGGGACCUUCCCCCUCUGCAGCGCGGCGUUGUGGGCGGAGAGCUGGUGUCGAGUCCUGCCGUUGACAGAUUUGGCUGUGCUACCCUGGGCAAGUCACUCUACCUCUCUGGACCUGCACCUGGGCAAAGCUCUAAAAAAAGUUGCAGCUCCCAUCCGAGUCGUUUUUGUUAGUGGGAGUUCCCUCUUCCUAAGCAUUAUCCUUGAAAAUGGGAGGUGCUGUCAGUGCUGGAGAAGACAAUGAUGAGCUAAUAGAUAACUUGAAAGAAGCACAAUAUAUCCGAACAGAGCUGGUAGAGCAAGCCUUCCGAGCUAUUGACCGUGCAGACUACUAUCUUGAAGAAUUUAAAGAUAAUGCCUAUAAAGACUUAGCCUGGAAACAUGGCAAUAUUCAUCUUUCUGCCCCAUGCAUAUAUUCAGAAGUGAUGGAAGCUCUGGAUCUACAACCUGGACUUUCAUUCUUGAAUCUGGGUAGUGGCACUGGUUAUCUCAGUUCUAUGGUUGGACUCAUUUUAGGUCCUUUUGGUGUAAAUCAUGGGGUAGAACUUCAUUCAGAUGUGAUAGAAUAUGCCAAGCAGAAACUGGACUUUUUCAUCAGAACAAGUGAUAGCUUUGACAAGUUUGAAUUCUGUGAACCUUCCUUUGUUACGGGCAACUGUCUGGAGAUUUCUCCAGAUUGUACUCAAUAUGAUCGGGUUUAUUGUGGUGCUGGAGUUCAAAAAGAACAUGAAGAUUACAUGAAGAGUUUACUUAAAGUUGGGGGAAUUCUUGUCAUGCCAUUAGAAGAAAAGCUGACUAAAAUAACUCGAACAGGUCCUUCUGCUUGGGAAACCAAAAAGAUUUUGGCUGUUUCUUUUGCUCCUCUGAUCCAGCCCAGUCAUUCAGAUUCAGGAAAGUCAAGACUUGUGCAAUUGCCUCCAUUGGCUGUUCGUAGCCUCCAAGAUUUAGCUCGAAUUGCAAUCCGAGGAACUAUUAAAAAGAUAAUUCAUCAAGAAACAAUGAGCAAAAGUGGAAAUGGACUGAAAAAUCCUCCCAGGUUUAAGCGAAGGCGAGUUCGCCGUCGUCGAAUGGAAACUAUUGUCUUCUUGGACAAAGAAGUCUUUGCCAGUCGCAUUUCCAACCCUUCUGAUGAUAACAACAAUUGUGAGGAUGUGGAAGAAGAAAGGAGGGAAGAGGAGGAAAAGAAUGUGCCUGAAAUGAAGCCAGAUCCUCCUGUAAACUUUCUGAGAGAAAAGGUCUUGAGUCUGCCCCUGCCUGAUCCUUUGAAAUAUUACCUGCUUUAUUACAGAGAAAAAUAAGUCUUCUAUUUAUAUUAAGAAAAAGAUACAUAAGGGGGGAAGUGGUGAGAGCCUGACAACAUGUAUAUGACUAACUGUUAACAUGGUCACCCCUGGCAUAGAUUGGCUGGAGAAUGUGGCUGCUGUAUACUUAAACAUCCUCAUUUUUUUCUCCUAGUUUCCUGGUGGUGUGCUAAUUUUCUUUUAAUCUUAUAGCAGGAUUUCCUUUAAAAAAAAAAAAAAAAGUGACCUGGUAAAUGCAAACUGCCUAGAAACAUAUUUCUUCCAUUGAGGGGAAAGAAAAUCACCUCCAAAAGGCUAUUUUGUCUUCCAGCCAUGGUUUAAAAUUAAAUUCCAUUUUAAAAGUUUCUAGGCAGUACCCUAAAGACUACUCUGCAACAAAGUUGCAUAACAUAGUAUAUAUUGUAUAAUUAAAAUGAAAACUGCUGAUUCAGAUUAUUUUGCUUCUUCCAAAACCCCCACCUAAAGCACAAAUUUUACAAGUACACAAAAUCACUUCUGGGGGCGAUACUCUAAAUUUCCAGGUUUGAAUUCUGAAUUUAAGUGGUAUCUGCCUUUAAUCAUUGGCACUGAGUUUGACUCCUCAUAUGGUUUACUAGAUUGGAAAAUAUUGUUAGAAACCUGUUUAACUAGAUUAUAAAUAAGUAAAUAGAUAAGUUUUUGUGAGUUUGCAGAUUGUAAAUUUUCUAAAGAGAUAGUGAUGUUAAUUAGAAAAAGCAAAUCAGAAAUACAGCAAAGUUCCCAACUUUGUUUAUACAUAGUGGGGAUCAUAUGUAGGUGAAAUCCUAUACGGAUUCUUGUCUGAACAGUUUACAAGCUAAGUUCUGAAAACUUUGUCAAGUAUAGUGUUAGAAAUUCCUGAAAGGUUAUUUUGAGAGAUGUCGCAGAUUCUUUUAUCUCUAAGUUAACAUGAUUUAUGUUUUUAAGAAUAUGCAAUACAGACCCUGAUGGUUGACCUGAGAAUGGAAACUGAUAUCAUUGUGAGGCAAUUGACCAUUCAAUUCCUCAGAAUGUAUAGAAGAUGAAAAAUCUCAGAACGUAAUUAGUGGCAAUGUUGCCUGUAGACAGUCCCUGCUUUCUUGACCUCAGUUUAGUAUUUUUCUGUAACUAGAUUAGAGUAAUGAGAUUUAGCUUUUAUAGUUCCAACAAAACUAGACUUUUUUUAAAAAUAAUUUUUCUUAAAAAAUGGAUCUUUAAAAUUUUAGUUGUUAGAUGAAUUUAACUUGCAGUGAAUUGUAAAUUAUACUUUUCCCAGAUUAUGAAGAGUGUAAAAGUAAAAGGGGGAAAGAGUUCUCAAUCUUUCUAAACUAGUGAAGAAAAUGGUCUAAUCUUCAAGAUAAUCUGACUGAAAAACCUUUCAAUUAUCUUAAGACUACUUUUGAGAUACACUGGAAUUAGAUUGCUUGAUCCAAAGUGUAUUUGUUCAUUUUUGUUUCCUUCACUGUCAUUUUUACAUGUCCUAAAAGGCAUGACUAUCCUAAGAUAUACACAGUAAAUGCAAACUCUCAAAGUGUCUAAGAUUUAAACACACAAUUCACAUCGACUGUCUUGUGAUUAAAUAUUUAUGUAGCUCUUUGAAAUUGCAGGGUAAACUCUAGUGUCUCUGUGCUAUCUAACUGGUCUCUGUUGAUGUAGCUAUUUUUCUAAAGUUACUCAAUAGAUCUUUAGUCUCUGUACUGACAAUUUUUUCACCACAAAUUAAAAUCUGUGUAGCCAAAUAAAAAAGAAAAGUUGG